AUCUCCAUGGUCAGCGACAUCAGUUCAAUCGGCAACAUGCAACACCCAAGUUCUCAGUCCAGCUCCUUGGCUCUGCUCCUGGCUUUCGUCCUGGCUGCCGUCGUCGGUGUUAAUGGCGACUACGAUUGGUAUGGCGAGUAUUCGGGCUCUGAACUGGACUACAUCUUUGCGGAUGUGAACUACAAUGCUGUGUGCCCGCCAGGUGGCUAUGCUGUCUGCGCCACCGAUGGCUACAGCUACCAUCCAUUCUCGAGCAAGUGCCGCCUGGAUGCGCAGAACUUGAAACUGCUGUUCGCCGGCCAGAAGGAACUUAUCCAAACUGACCUGAGCUACUGUCCCUCGUAUCCUGGCCAAUCGUAUGGUUCCCCAGCCCCUGCUCCUGGCUAUCAGCCCAAGCCUGUUCAGGAUUAUGCCCCGGUUCGGUAUUCCUCAUCGUCUGGCCAGAAUUCGUUCGCCUAUGCCGCUGCCAGUGGACCUUAUGGCGCCAAGGCGGUGGCUGAGGCUCCGGGUCCGUAUCCAGUCGCUUCUCCCUCCUAUUCCGUCUCGUAUCCUGCCGCGCCGGCUGCUUAUGCCCCGCCCCCUGCCAAGUAUCCCUCGCCGCUCUCGUCCUAUCCCGUUUAUGCCAAGCCUGUGCCAGCCUAUGCCGCCGUUUAUAACUACGCUGGCACCACCAAUGCGCCAUCUACCGGCUCGACUACGACGUCGGCCACUACAGGCACCACAACAACUAGUAGAUACCCUGCAUACCCUGCAUACCCCACCACAGCGACAACAGCCACCGCAUCAACAACCACCGCAGCAACAACCACUGCAGCAACAACCACCGCAGCAACAACCACUGCAGCAACAACCAAAGCAGCAACAACCACUGCAGCAACAACCAAAGCAGCAACAACCACUGCAGCAACAACCAAAGCAGCAACAACCACUGCAGCAACAACCAAAGCAGCAACAACCACUGCAGCAACAACCAAAGCAGCAACCACUGCAGCAGCAACAACCGCAGCAGCAACAACUGCAGCAACAACUGCAGCAGCAACAACCACAGCAGCAACAACCACAGCAGCAACAACCGCAGCAGCAACAACCGCAACUCCUAGCCCCUAAUUAAAAAAGGACAACUAUCGAUCGCCAACAGCAAUGAACAACCCACUAGAAAGUCUAGAAAAAAUACAACAGAACAACCGCAGACAACCGAAGACAACAGCAAACGAAAGAAUCAUUUUGACAACAGCAAUAUGUAGAGUGUUCAAUUUAGCAACAAUAAAGCAAUCAGUACAGCACAUAAA